AUGGAAGAUCUUCGUCCCUUGGGAGGAAGUUCCCGAAAGAAGGACCGUUUAAAUAAUCGCCAAGGGUCAAACGUUGAUACACAAAGCGUGCGAAGUGGUCAGCUGAAUCAACGUCCACCCCGUCCGACACAGACAGGUUCUCGAAUUAUCACCCCAAGGAACAACUCGCACAUCACAACAAACACUCGUAAAUUUGACUCCAAAUGCUGUAGCGGUAAGGAAGAGGACGAUCUCGGUCAUAUUAUGGACAGUACACCGAGUACACCAACAAAUGCUCCUCGACAUGAGGCACUGAUGCGACGUCCAAGAACACCAACAUUGGGACGAGCUGCCUUACUAGUUCGAGCGGGCUAUUCGCACAACGAGCGGGGCNGAACGCAUUUCUGUCGGUCCAAUUUGCGGGACGUCGGUCAGUCGAAGUUCCAGUGUUACUCACGAUCUUCAGGAGAAAGCAAUUAA